AUGUCGAGCAAGAGACACUCAAUUCUCCCGGCCAUUGACCGCAGUGGCCCCAAGCCGCCCGUUAAUUUCUCGUCGUCGCUCACCAUCUCCGACAAUGCUAUUCUACAAGGCACACAUUCUAUUACGAUGCAGUCAGAAACUGUAGUUCACCCUCGGUCACGGUUCGAAUCCAAUCUCGGCAGCAUACUCAUAGGACGACGGUGUAUCAUCCACGAACGAGCUUACAUCGGAGCGCGUCCCGCCGAUUUAGAUACCGCCAAGCCAGGAGGCGUUGCACUAGGAGACUACGUUGUCGUUGAGGUUGGAACAGUCAUUGAGGCAGGCGAUACCGAAAUUGGCGAGGGGACUACCUUGCAAGUCGGGUGCAAGAUUGGCAGCGGCACCAAAAUCGGAAGACAUUGCACAAUCUCCCAGAAGUCGGUUAUCCCUCCGGGUGAACAUCUGCCUGAUUACACCGUGGUUUACUCAGAUGGCUUACGCCGAUUGGAUAGUCGCGGUGUCACUGACAUGCGGAAACUUGGACUGGUUAAGCAAAUUGCUGUUCUAAAGAAAAUGAUACCCAGCAACCCGGACAAGUUUAAGUGA